CACAUACUGUAUUGCAAACUUAUUCACAACGUUUCUUUUCAUUCAAGAUAUCUCAACAAAAUGGCAGAAGAAACAAWAAAUGAAGAAGUCGCGAAGACCGACGAAACGACCAAGACGGAGGAAGCGAAAGUAAAUGAGCCCGAUGCUACUGUAGCAGACGAAGACGUCAAGGCUGUCGCAGGGGUGAAAGAACGCUUGAAGUUUUUUUUCUCUGACGCUAACGUUCGCCAGGAUGUCUUUAUUCGGAAACUUUUGAUGUCUUCCGAUGAGAAAUCUGUUCCAGUUGACGCUUUGCUUCGCUUUAACACAAUCAAGAAACAUACCGAGAAAUCCUMCGUGAUAAUCCAAGCGGCAAAGGAAUUAGCCGACGUGUUGGUGGUAGAUGAGGACAAAAUGACCAUUGCUAGAGUGGUUCCCUUCACCAAGGAAAUGAUGAAUGGAAAUAUACCUAAAUCGCUUUACAUCCAGAAUUUGCCCAUUGACGAAUCAAAACGUUACGAUGUCAAAGUAGAUGAAAUUCGAGCUCUAUUUGGAAAGUACGGUGACGUAGCGAUGGUAAAGCUAAAGUUUCACAGUGGUCCCAAAAAUAGAAAUCAUGGUCACUAUGGCCCAAGUGGUUCCAAAAAUCGAAAUAUUCCRAUUGGGGCAGCAAUGGUUGAGUUUCACACGCAAAAAGAUCUUGAAAAGGCUGCAGAAGCCACUUUAACUACCAAGGGCGGAGAAAAGGUGACACCGAAAGAUAAAAUUACUCUUGCUCAAUCGGAUACACGAAAAGAAGCUAUCGAUCUCGAAGUAACUCGAUUGUCCGAAUACGUAGAAAUGCGUAAGGAAGAAAAAUCAAAACGAGAAACGAAGAAACGAUCUGCACCCGAAUCAAAACCAGAGGAGGAAAAAGAAACUCCGAAGUUCGUGUUUGACUGGGAACCCGGGUGCGUUAUCAAAGUUCGUGGUUUGCCGACAGCGUGCGAUCGUGAAGCAAUGCUAGCUGUCGUUGGAAAAGCUCUGGAUAUUUCUCCCGAUGAUGUCAAGGCCAAAAAUAUCUACGUUGACUACUCACGUGGGCAAACAGACGGAGCCAUUCGUUUCCCAGAGAAAUCUGAUAGUGUGGCAGUCGUUGCCAAAAAAUUGAAGGAUGCGGAACUGAUGAUUUUGGACGCCAAAGUAGAAGAUGCCUCAAUCCUAGAAGGAGACGAAGAAAAGAAGUACUGGGACGAUUUCAUCGCAUUCAAAACCAAGCAAAUGAUCCGGCGUGCCGAAGAGAAGCAGCGAGGAAAUAAGAAACAAAAGACUAGACAAUAAAUCGUGAACAUUGAAGAGCAACAAAGAAUCAAAGAUUUGAGAAUAUGGGAUUUGCAAAAAAAAACAUGAGAACGUGUUUGCGCAGCACUGUUGCUGAGAAAUAUGCUUUUGAAAAGUCAAAUACAGUAAUAUCUCGCGAUUCUUCAUAGUUUUAAUACUAUAAUGAUAUCUGCACUACUGUACAUCAUUGUUUCUAGCUGCGAGUAUUAUUAAUGACUGCCUUUGUGCUGAUCUUUUUCAGAUGUCUAGUUUACUGUUUCCAAAUCACUAGUAAAACACAAAAGUUCAG